AUGUUGUGGUGUUUAACAUUAUGUUUGGUUAUGCUAAACGUAUCUGCAUGCAAGUACAAUGUCAAACAAGCUAUGGAAAAAAAAUUAAUCGUACCUGAUGUCAUUCCUAUUGCUCCAAAGGAAAUGUUACAAGUAUAUUAUCCAAGUGGCUUGAAAGCAGAACUUGGUUAUGAACUAACACCCACUCAGGUGAAAGACCAGCCAUCAGUUAGAUGGAAUGCUGAACCUUAUUCAUUCUACACAUUAUGCCUAACUGAUCCGGAUGCAGGAAAAUUAAAGGAAUUUCACCAUUGGUUGGUAGGAAACAUACCAGGUGCAGAUGUGAGUGUGGGAGAGACACUAACUGCGUAUGUUGGUUCUGCAACUCCACCAAAAACAGGACUUCAUCGUUACGUGUUUUUAGUAUACAAGCAACCAUCAAAAUUGGUAUUUGAUGAGCCGCAUAUAAGCAAUAGAACUGCUGAAAACCGUUUUAAGUUUUCAAUUCAUAACUUUUCAAAGAAGUACAAAUUAGGAACACCUGUUGCUGGUAAUUUCUAUCUGGCACAAUAUGAUGAUUAUGUUCCAAUUUUAUUUCAUCAACUCGGAGUUCAGUAA